GUUAUGAGAAGAGAGCAGCCACACCCCCCGCUGAUAAUAAAAUCUGCCACUCUUUCCAUCUUUUCCAUAUUAUCAUUUUGCACCUAACACCCAACUUUCUUUUCUCUCUUCAUUUCAAUACCCAGAUCUUUGAUUUUCUUGAUUUCUUUGCGUUUUUCUCCCGAGGGAAAAAUAUGGCUGCGCCCCCAAAACCAACAAGAAUAGGCCUUGCCGGUCUGGCUGUCAUGGGCCAGAAUCUGGCCCUCAAUAUUGCAGAGAAAGGGUUCCCCAUUUCUGUUUACAAUCGAACUACCUCCAAAGUUGAUGAGACUGUUGAAAGAGCUAAAAGGGAGGGAGAUCUUCCUCUGUAUGGCUUCCAUGAUCCUGAAUCAUUCGUCAAGUCAAUCCAAAAGCCUCGAGUUAUAAUAAUGCUUGUUAAGGCUGGGGCUCCUGUUGACCAGACCAUAAAGACCCUAUCUGCCUACAUGGAGAAAGGUGACUGUAUCAUUGAUGGUGGGAAUGAAUGGUAUGAGAACACUGAGAGGAGAGAAAAAGCUAUGGCUGAUCUGGGUUUGCAAUAUCUUGGAAUGGGAGUUUCAGGUGGUGAAGAGGGUGCACGAAAUGGACCCUCUUUAAUGCCUGGAGGUUCUUUCGAGGCCUACAAGUACAUCGAAGACAUUCUUCUUAAAGUGGCAGCUCAAGUUCCUGACAGUGGCCCCUGUGUGACUUAUAUUGGCAAAGGGGGAUCUGGUAAUUUUGUCAAGAUGGUACAUAACGGUAUCGAAUAUGGUGAUAUGCAGCUGAUUGCAGAGGCUUAUGAUGUGCUAAAAUCUAUUGGAAAGUUGUCAAAUGAGGAACUGCAAAGUGUUUUUGCAGAAUGGAACAAGGGUGAGCUUCUCAGCUUCUUGAUUGAGAUCACUGCAGAUAUUUUUGGAAUUAAAGAUGACAAGGGAGAUGGAUAUUUGGUUGACAAGGUUUUGGACAAAACUGGUAUGAAGGGUACAGGUAAAUGGACUGUACAGCAAGCUGCUGAUCUAUCAGUUGCAGCUCCUACAAUUGCAUCUUCUUUGGAUGCAAGAUUCCUUAGUGGUUUGAAGGAGGAACGAGUUGAAGCUGCUAAAGUCUUCAAGUCAGGUGGAUUUGGAGAUAUCUUGACUGACCAAGUAAUAGACAAAAAGAAGUUGGUUGACGAUGUCAGACAAGCUCUUUAUGCUGCCAAGAUUUGUAGUUAUGCACAGGGGAUGAAUCUGAUCCGUGCAAAAAGUAUUGAGAAAGUAUGGGACUUGAAGUUGGGAGAACUGGCUAGAAUCUGGAAGGGUGGCUGCAUUAUUCGGGCUGUGUUCUUAGACAGAAUCAAGAAAGCUUAUGAUAGGAAUGCCGAUCUGGCUAACCUUCUUGUGGAUCCAGAGUUUGCCAAGGAAAUCGUUGACCGCCAGUCUGCUUGGCGGAGGGUAGUAUGCCUUGCUAUCAACUCUGGUAUUAGCACUCCUGGUAUGUCAUCUAGUCUUGCUUACUUUGACUCUUACAGAAGGGAAAGGUUGCCAGCUAAUUUAGUCCAAGCUCAAAGAGAUUAUUUUGGUGCUCACACAUAUGAAAGGGUUGAUAUGGAAGGAUCUUUCCAUACCGAAUGGUUCAAGAUUGCAAGACAGUUGAAGAAUUAAAGUGAAUCUCGCAGUAUCUAGCUUCUUCAAAACCCGCAAUAAGUACACAAUAAUUUCUGCUCUGGACUCUAUGCUGGGUAGAACAUGAACCAAUCCUAAUUGGUCAAAAUUUCUCUUAAUCAAACUCAUCAAACCCAAUAUAUGUUUAUACUUUGUCUUCUGCAAGUUUGUUGUGCUUUAUCCUACUGUGUUUAGAUUCGUAUCCUUGAAAUUGGUAGCUCUUUUUUGAGUUUAAUUGAGUUUAAGGAGGCACUUUGUAGCCCGUUUAUGGCAUUAAUAUGAAAUGUUUUGAGCAAGAAAGUUUUCUGAUUUGUUGGUA